UUCUUUGACCUGGUGUCUUUGACUCACGUACAUAUCUCUUUCUCUCAUCAAGCAUAUACCCAACUCUUCAUAUAACCAACCAUCCAUUAAAUCAAUCCAGAAUGCGUUUCACCAUCGCCACUCUCUUCACUCUUGCCGCCAUGUGCAUGGCUCAGGUCACGCCUAACAACGCGGGUGCUAAGAAUGUUGGCCAAGGAAACGGCGCGCAAUUCAUCACAGGUGGAUGCGUGUCCGAUGCCGAUUGCAGCUCAGGGUGCUGCGCCCAGGUUGCUUCGACUGGCGACGGUGUGUGCAGUGCUGAAGUAGUGAGUCAACAGAACGGAAAGACGGGUUGCGGUUUCAAUGACCCCAAUGCCGCCGCCGUGAUUGCGGCCGCGCAAGCCCAGGUUGAGCGCCAGGGGUUCAAGAGGGUUGUCCGAAAGGAAUAAACGGCGGAAGCCUCAGCCUGAAGAAAUGCCUAAAUAACGACCCCCAAAAUCGAAUCAAUAAU